CCCAUGGCUCACGUGGGAUCUUUGGUGGGUCCCGAAGCUGCACGGGAGAAUCUUCUUCGGGCCAACCCGCAGUGGAGGGUUCCUGGAGCUGAGGAGAGGAACCCAGCUAUGAUGGCCCAAUAUUAUCUGAAUGAGGCUGUUUUCUGGUCCUCGUUCGCUUCCGAGUGUAGCUCGGUUGAGGAGAGGCAACUGAGGAGGUAUCAGGAGGCUUAUGCUCGUGAUAUCCCUGUCUUGGACCAGAAGGCUGGGCAGCUCAUGGCCGAGAUGGUGGAGAUCAAGCAACUGUACCUUCAGUACAGUCGUGAGGCUAGGGAAGCGGCGGAACAGAUCGGGGCCGAAGUUGGGAAGCUCACUUUCCAGGUUGAAGAGGAUGCUGAAAAGAUAGCUUCCUUCGACAGGGAGAGGAGAGAAAUGGCUGCCAAGUUUGCGAGCGAACUUGAAGAAAAAGACAGUCUUCUCAAGGAGAUGACGUCUAAAUUUGAGGCGGCCAUUAAGCAGAGCCAGGAAGCGGAGGCGAGGCUUCAGCAGUUUAUCAAGCACCGGGAGAUUGUUCAGAAUCAAGCUGACAAGGUGCCCGUUCUCCAGCUGAAGAUCCGAGAGAAGGAUGCUGCCAUUCGGAAGUUAGAGCAAGAGAGAGUUGACCUCUACACUGCUGAUCAGUGUAGGGAGCAAUACUGGAAUGGCAUCCUGGGUGCUCGGCGGAUGUUCGCGAAGCAUAUGCCUCAUUUCCCUUGGAAUGAGAAGGUUCCGCUCUGGAUGAGGGCCCAGGAUCACUUGGUGGAGUGCCAGGCCGAUCGAGACGAAGCUGAAGCUGAACGCCAAGCUGCUCUUGCAGAGGCUCGGGCCCAGAAGGCGGCUUCCGAAGGUGAUACUACUGCUGGGGGUUCUUCGAAGGAUGCUCCUCUGGGGGAUGCUCCUGAGACUCCCAAGAGUUAGGGAUUCGGGCAGUCGUCUUCUUCAGAGUCGGUCGGUUCCAGUUGAGGACUUCCGAACAUGUGCUUGCCUUUCCCCCUUUUGCCUCGGCGCUGCGUUGUACUCAUUUCUUUUUGUUUUCUUUAGUACUUCGGUAGGCCGGUAUUGUCUGUUGAUGGCUGCCGAUUUUAACUGUUUCAUUUUGUUUUCAAUUUUUGAGGUUUUCAAUGUAUUUGUA